AAAAAGUUGCUAUUCGGUCUCUACUGGCAUUGUCAUGUCUCUUGAAGAAUUCAAAAAGCUCAGGAAUGAGAUAAAAGAGCUUAAAAAUGCAGGCAAACACGAAGAGUUUGUCGAAAGAUUCGCCGCCAAGGACGCUACCUUCCUCGCACCAUUCCACGACCCAGUGACCGCUGCAGAUUCAAUUAGCUUGGCCAAAAGUGACGAUCUUGCACCUCUUGUCAAAGCUGACUUUGAGAUGACAACUGACGAGGUCACACAAAUUGGAGACGUUGUCAUCGAACGGAACACAAUUAUUGUCAAGCUUCCAUCUGGUGACAAAACUGGAUGGGCUUUGAGUGUCUGGGUCAAGGAAGAUGGAAAUUGGAAGAUUCGUAAUUCGUGUGUCACUUUCAAGGCUCCAGCACCACAAUAAACUUUUGCUCAUAUCGUGAAAAAUUUGAAAAUAAAAUUCAGCUUAUAUUUUUCCUUAACCAGUAAAAACAUUAAAAUG